GUGCCGCCGGUGCCGCCGCGCGCGCCCGCCCGCCCGCCAUGAACUGGCUGUUCCCGCUCGCCAAGGGCGGCGGCGCCUCCGCCGCGGGCCCCGCGCCGCCCGCGCGCACCGGCCUCCAGCAGCAGCGCCAGCGACAGGUCGAGUCCCUGCGCGCCGCGCACGCCUCCAUUGCAGAAAUUCAGAAAGAUGUGGAAUAUCGACUGCCAUUCACUGUAAACAACUUGACAAUUAAUAUUAACAUCUUGCUUCCACCUCAGUUUCCUCAGGAAAAGCCAGUCAUCAGUGUUUUCCCACCUGUGAGACAUCAUUUAAUGGACAAGCAGGGAGUAUAUGUGACCGGUCCAUUAAUAAGUAAUUUUACAAUGCACUCAGAUCUUGGAAAAAUUAUUCAAAGUUUACUGGAUGAGUUUUGGAAGAAUCCUCCAGUCCUGGCUCCUAGCUCAACAUCAUUUCCAUACCUUUUCAACAAACCAGCUGGAAUGCCUCCUUUUGCUCCUCAGGGGUUCCCAUUUCUUCCUCCAUACCCACCUCAAGAAACAAAUAGAACAAUGGCAGCCAUGCCUGUUGCUGAAUCAGUUUCUUCAAGCUACACUACAGACAAGCCUGCUGCUCCCUCCUAUGGCUUGAUUGCUGAUCUGCCACUACCUGUUCCCACAGCAGAAGCUGUGCUUCAGGUUGGCCAGAAUGGUUUUACUUACAAGAUGCCUGAUGUUCCUGAUACCUUUCCAGAACUCUCAGAACUAAGCAUAUCGCAGCUGACCAGUAUGAACGAGCAAGAGGAGGUAUUACUGCAACAAUUUGUGGCUCUACCACAACUGAAGCAAGUCAUUACUGAUAGAGAUGAGUUAGUGAAAAGCAUCGAAGAGCUGGCAAAAAAGAACUUGUUGCUGGAGCCUAGUCUUGAGGCAAAAAGACAGACAGUGUUGGAUAAAUAUGAACAACUUACACAGAUGAAAGCAGCCUUUGAAAAAAAGAUGCAAAGACAGCAUGAACUUAGUGAGAGUUGCAGUCCAAGUGCUCUGCAAGCCAGACUUAAAGUAGCUGCCCAUGAAGCUGAAGAGGAGUCUGACACUAUUGCAGAAGACUUCUUGGAAGGCAAAACAGAAAUAGAUGACUUUCUUAGUAGUUUUAUGGAAAAGAGAACGCUGUGCCACUGCAGACGAGCCAAAGAGGAAAAACUUCAACAGGCAAUAGCAAUGCACAGCCAAUUUCAUGCACCGCUAUAGACUUCCUGCAAACUACACCUGCCAAGAGAACGAAUGAAAAAUCCAAUAAAGCACACUUUUUAAUAAUUAUUAUUUGCAAAUAAGCAUUUCAUCUUAUAUGGUUGUAUUUAUAGAAGAGAUUGUAUACAAAGUUGGAAUGGUUUUUGUACAAAUUAGAAUGUCUCUUUAUAUUCUCAUUGUACUCAAGAAUCCUUCUAUUGCAAUCUUUGCAUUAAUUUCUUGUAUUUAUUGUUGAUAGUUCUUAUUAUAUUUAAGUUCCCUGCUGCUAUACUCCAUUCUUCAGAAAUUAAAUAUCUAAACAUGUAAUUUUGACUAGCUUUUUACAUUUUUAUAAAAACUUAAUUCAUAUCUUUUGUAUUCUGAACUUUAAACAUAGAUUUGGCUUGAUCUGUGGAAGACUCUGAGAUAAGUGUUGAUAGGGCUUUGGAAACUGAAGAAGUUCUUAAUUGAGAUGGUCAGUGGAUUCACAAGCUGUCUUUUCUUGAAGCCAAAAUACUGAAGAACAAGUUUUUUACUUCCAAAUAAUAAUAGAAAACUAAGUGUAGCUUAUAUUCUGUUUUGGAUAAAUAGAUUGGAAUUAAGCAAAGAAUGUGUUGGAACAAAUUAUACUGGAAUCAAAAUAGAAUAAAUGAUCUCUGCUUAGAUUUCGUAUGUUGGUUAGUAACAUUGAUGCACUGAUUUCAGGAGUGGCUUGGUAUCUACCACUAUAAUUAAACACAAUUUUCAUCUGACAA